UGACGUGUAUCUAAAGUGUACCAAUAAAAUUAAGUUUUAAAAAAGACAGCCAGAAGCCUUCCCAAAAGCUACCCAUCAGAUUUCCAACCCAGAUCAUAUUCAUUACAUGAUCCCACAGUCAUUCAUAGCCCUUUUCAUUUACUCCAUCCAAGUAGAGAAGGUGGUUGCAGGAAUGGCCAGGAAAGAGAGGACUGAGCUCUUCCCCAGGAAAAUUCACCACUCACUCAUUUUAAAAUAGUAAACACUUGAAUAGCCAGGAGAAGAGGCUGAAGGGAAGCGAGGACAGAGAUGUUGAAUGGCCACACAGGUAAUAGGAAAGGGCAGGAUUCUGGAUAUAUCUGGUAUGUAAAGUUAACAGACUUUUUCCGAUAGAUAAGCUGUGGGAGUAGAAACGAAGAUGCGUUUUGCUUUGGACACUGUCCCCGUUCAGGACCUACUCAUAUAAGCCAAGGAGUGCUUCUUAUGCUUGUGACAGUUGGGAAGCUUUUGGUAAUAAGAACUAAAUCACCGUUUUCUGAUUUUGCAGAUAAAGCUGCUCUGGAAAGAACUAAAGACAAAGGGUUGGGGACACAAACUCAGCGGCACAGCACCUGCCCAGCAGGAAAGAACACGUCUUGGCUGAGCAGCUUCAGGACUCACUUGGGUGAGCUCGUCGGGAGCGUCGUGCCUUCAGCAGCCGUUCUGGCUUUUCUUUUCACCCUGUUGCUAAUGGGGACUCUCCGCUGCCUCAGGGGCUCAUAGAUGAAAGUUGCUUUGAGUCUCAAAGGAGACAGGACUUGGACAUUUGAACAACGCUGGAAAUUUGAGACUUUGACAACUCCUGAAGAUGGACUUCCGGGUGUGAUGACACACACCUGUGAUCCCAGCACUCGGGAGACUGAGGCAGGAGGAUUGCCAG